AUGAGGACCAGUAUAGUUAUCGUGCAGCUGGUUUGGGUGGCGCUGUGUCUGGCGAAAAACACGUUCCCGGCGCUCGUCGCGUCCAGCAAGCUGAUCCCGGGACUUCGGCCCGCGCUGCCGCACAGCGAGCAGCUGCCGUUCGAUCUGGGCGAGGCCACGUCUAUCAUCUACCGCGUGCUGGAACAGUGCACGUCGGACGCCUACAUACUGAUCAACCUGCCCGGGCUGCGUGUGGACGACUUCCACCACUUCGAGCGGUUCAGACACCUGCGCGAACAGCUGUCGCAGGCCAGCACGGUGGUCACCUUCCCCAACGUUCUUGUGGACGACGAGAGACUGACAACGGACGAGUUUGUGCGGUAUUUGCGCAUCCAUUGCAACACCAUCACCUACGACGUGGUAAACGAGGACGCCGCCGAGGUGCCCAAGUACCUGGACACCCGGACGAGGACGAUCAACGUCCAGCUGGGCGGUCUGACCGACGAGAUGAGCCAGACAGAACGUCUGGACAAACUGGACGAGUACAACGAGCUGCUGCGCGAGAUCAUGCGCAAGCUGCCGACGCCGCGCUUCACGAUCCUCUUUUCCACCAACACAGCAAUUCCAUACGAGGAAAAAGAGUACAAGGUGAUCUAUCCGGAAGACGUUCCCGAGGACCCCAAAGACCUGACUGUAAGGGACAGACGUCUUGCCAAAACGGCCUCCAACAUGAUUUUCCCCGACAUCACUGUGUUCGACAAGACGCGGUACCUGGAGCUCGAGCGCAACAAACACGGUGAGCGCGACGAGUACGGCUCGCAUCCGGACGGACUUUGGGCCAAGGACGUUUUGGAGGACGACGACACGUGGCUGGCCAAGAAGACCAAGACGAUCAAGAAGGAGAAGUCGCUGUACCGCUUCAGCGAGGACCAAAACGAGUCGCCCGCGGUAUUCGACCGCGAGUUUCUGAUCGACAACGGGCCGGUGAUCGUGGGGGGGCUGUUUGUGGUGGUGACGCUGUUUGCGCUGGACAUUCUGCGCGGCAUCGCGCGGCAGGUGGCGGGGCUGGCUCGGGGGAAGAAAUUAAAGAGGGAGUGA